UGAAGUAAGCUCGCCACAGCAGUCCGCGCGCCCCUGUCGGGUUAGACUCUAAGCACGGGUGAAAAGUUAGUUUCAUCUUUCUCUAGCUCGCAGGCUGCCUCAUGUUGGGUGGUGAAAUAAAGAAGACAAGACGAUACGCUGUGUGAGCCUCACGCAGCGUAGAGCCGUAGUUUGCAGCCAGCAGCAGCAGCAGCAGCGGCAGUCCGCGUUACGACUUGGACGAGUUGUAACUUGCACGACUCGAGUAAAAAAGAGUGAAAAAAAAACACACACACAACAAGUUAAAGAGCAACGAGAGAAAAUAGAUAUUCAUACCGCGGUGACAUCGAAUCGAAUGGACAUCGUGCUGGCUGGCUGGUCGGCUGAAUUAGUAACAACGGGUGGAUAAAAUUGCGUGAAAAUAUAACUGAUACGUAGUGUGUGAAAAUAUGCCUCGAAACAGUACUAUUACAACCGAUUAAAGUGCGUGCGUUGGCGAGAAAGAGAGAGAGAGAGAGAGAGAGAGAAAGCGAGAGAAAAGAAGGAAAUCGAGAAGUGAAGAGAAAAAACACACACGUUCCUGAAAACAAAAAAAAAGUGCCAGGCGCACGAGUAUGUGGUAAUCGGUUGUUGUGUGUGAAGUGCGUAGGUAUUAACAUAUAUUAUUAUCAUUAUUUUUAUUGUUAUUAUUAUUAUUGUCGUUGUGUUGAAUUGGUAAAAGAAAAAAGCGGAAAGGAAGAGUUAACCAAGAAAAGGAAAAAAAAAACUAAAAACAAGAAACACAACAUUCAAUUGUGCGGGGAAAAAAUGUUCAAUCACGAAUACGAGAAGCGACUGUUGAAGCCUAAUAAUGAUAUCGCGAUAGAUGGAACGACGAUGAUGGGCAACGGUGCGAACUCGGGCUCCGGAACGCCCGUUUAUUUCUCACCUACGAAAGCUACGAACAACAGUUUCGACCGUUUUAUACCUACCCGGUCGGGCAACAAUUGGCAGACAACCUUCUCCAUGAUAUCAGAGGGCGGCAGAGCCGGGCUUGUGGCAAAGAAAACGCGAGAAAGCGGCGAAGCGAGUCGCGACGGUAUCGCGUAUUCUUGUCUUCUAAAAAACGAACUCCUGGGAGCCAGCAUCGAGGACGUUAAGGGCCAGUGCGAGGAACGCAGAGUCCUUUCACCCUUGGCGAGUAAGAAUCUUUUCAAGUACACGACACCGACAAAGGAUCGAACUCUGCUGGACCAGAGCUCGCCUUACUCGCUGUCUCCGCUUAGCUCCAAGAGCCAAAAACUUCUUCGUUCGCCUCGGAAGGCGACUCGAAAGAUCUCUCGGAUACCUUUCAAGGUUCUCGACGCCCCUGAACUCCAGGACGACUUUUACCUGAACUUGGUUGACUGGUCUUCUCAAAACGUCCUCAGCGUCGGCCUCGGAAGUUGCGUCUAUCUGUGGUCCGCAUGCACCAGUCAAGUCACACGGCUCUGCGACCUUUCCAGCGACAACAACAGCGUUACAUCCGUAGCCUGGAACGAAAGGGGGAACCUUGUCGCCGUCGGCACUCAUCUCGGCUACAUUCAGGUCUGGGAUGUCGCCGUUAAUAAACAGGUCAGUAAGCUACAGGGACACAGCGCGAGGGUCGGAGCGUUGGCUUGGAACGGUGAAGUUCUGUCGUCGGGAAGCAGGGACAGAUUGAUUCUCCAGAGGGAUGUUAGAACGCCGAGUGUCGUCGGGGAACGAAGACUCGGAGCUCAUCGUCAGGAGGUCUGCGGAUUGAAGUGGUCCCCCGAUAAUCAGUACCUGGCUUCCGGAGGUAACGACAACCGUUUGUACGUGUGGAAUCUUCAUUCCCUGUCGCCGGUUCAGACCUACACAGAACAUUUAGCCGCCGUCAAGGCGAUCGCCUGGUCUCCUCAUCAUCACGGUCUACUCGCUUCUGGUGGAGGUACGGCGGACAGGUGCAUCAGGUUCUGGAACACUUUGACCGGUCAGCCUAUGCAGUGCGUCGACACCGGAUCUCAGGUCUGCAAUUUGGCAUGGAGUAAACACAGCUCGGAGCUCGUCAGUACACACGGAUAUUCUCAAAACCAAAUUCUGGUAUGGAAGUACCCGAGUCUUACACAAGUCGCUAAGCUCACCGGUCAUUCGUACAGAGUUUUGUAUCUUGCUAUGUCGCCUGAUGGCGAGGCUAUUGUGACCGGUGCUGGCGAUGAGACUUUGCGAUUUUGGAAUGUUUUUAGUAAGGCGAGAAGCCAAAAGGAGAACAAGUCUGUACUGAAUUUAUUUACCAGUAUUAGGUAAAUAUUUGUUCGGAGUAAUAGGUAGUAGUAAGUAGCUGAUAGAUAUUACUUGUACUUCUGAUUUUUUUUUUUUUUUAU